AUAUUUUUUCCUCUCUCCAUCUUAAACCCUAAAAAACCCUCACUCUAAAUUCUAGGGUCAGCAACCGCUAAACCCAAAACUCACUUCUAUCAUCCUCAUCUUCUCUCAAUCAAUUUGCUUUCCGAUUCUUCGAUUCCGUUUCUACACGAUAGCGAUAGAAGAUGAAGAAUCUGAAGAUAUUGAAGGAGCAAUUGUCGAAGAUUCAGUUAAAUUCCGAGGAUGAAGUUAUCAGCUUCGCAGCAUUUGACGUGGAGCACAAUCGCCUCUUCUUAGCUUCCUCUUCCAACUUCAUAUACAGUUUACUUCUGCCUUCUCCUCAUCAGAAUGCAGGAGCUUGGAAUUCCAUAUCAGAUAACCUUAUUGACUUAGAGCCUGGGGAUUUCAUUACUUCCAUGGAUUAUCUAAUGGAAAAAGAAGCAUUGAUUAUUGGGACUUCAUAUGGUCUUCUAUUGCUAUAUACUGCGGAUGAUAAUACGACAGAAAUUGUUGGCCGAGUGGAGGGUGGAGUAAAGUGUGUAUCACCUAGUCCAGAUGGAGAUCUUCUUGGUGUAAUUACUGGUUUUGGACAAAUUCUCAUGAUGACACCAGACUGGGAUGUUUUAUAUGAGAUGGCACUGGAUGAUCUGCCUGAAGAUAUUGACGUACAUGAGCAUACUUACUCUUCCAAUUAUUCGUCGGAGAGCUCAGUUUCAUGGAGAGGUGAUGGCAAAUACUUUGCAACGUUAAGCAGGGUGAAUAAUUCUCAUCUCUCCCAUAAGAAGCUUAAAAUCUGGGAACGGGACUCGGGGGCACUCCAUUCUGUUUCAGAAUCAAAGCCUUUCAUGGGUUCAACUUUGGAUUGGAUGCCCAGUGGAGCCAAAAUUGCUGCAGUUUAUGACCGAAAGGAAGAUAGAAAAUGCCCAUCUAUAGUUUUCUUUGAGAGGAAUGGAUUAGAAAGAAGCUCAUUUUGCCUCAAUGUAGAAGUUGAUGCUACUGUAGAAUUUGUGAAGUGGAAUUGUAACUCAGACCUUCUAGCUGCUGUGGUCAGAGGUGAAAAGUACGACUCUCUGAGGAUCUGGUUCUUAAGUAACAAUCACUGGUACUUAAAGCAAGAAAUCAGAUACAUGAAGGAUGAUAGAGUCAGAUUCAUGUGGGAUCCGAUAAAGCCUCAAGAGUUAAUUUCUUGGACUGUUGGUGGGGAUAUCACAACCUACAACUUCGUCUGGAUUACAGCUGUCAUGAAUAACUCAGUGGCACUUGUAAUUGAUGACUCCAAGAUACUAAUAACCCCUCUUUCUUUAUCUCUCAUCCCACCACCUAUGUACCUCUUUUGUUUGAAAUUUCCCUCUGCCAUUCAGAGUAUGGCAUUUUGCUCUAAAAGUUCUUUGAAACAUCUGGCUGCAUCCUUGUCAGAUGGCAGAUUAUGUGUUGUAGAGCUUCCUGCUAUUGAUUGUUGGGAGGAGCUAGAAGGUAAAGAAUUUGAUGUUGAGGCUGCUUCUUUUGAUUCAGGAGAUAGAUCUUUCAUUCACCUAGCAUGGUUGGAUUCACAUAAGCUUCUUGGUGUUAGCCAUAGUCAAAUUAGCAACUCAGCAAUAAAAGAGUCCUCUAAGGAUGAGCAUUCUAUAUAUUGCCUCCAUGAAAUUGAGCUUGUAUGUUCUGAAGAUCGUAUUUCUAGUUCAGUGACAUGCUCUGGUUGGCAUGCUAAAGUUUUGAAUAGAUUAUCUCUUGAAGGUACAGUAAUUGGUAUAGUUCCUGACCAGGGAAAUGGCUGCUCAGCGUAUGUUCAGUUUGACGGUGGGAAAGUGUUUGAGUAUGCUUUGAAGGUGGCUGAUGCCAGAGGGCUUCAUCGGAAACGUGAUGAUAUGAGUUUUUCUUCAUCUUGCCCCUGGAUGGAUCUUGUGCAAAUUGGAGGCUGUUUGCCGCAGAAAGCUUUGCUUUUUGGUCUCGAUGACAGUGGUAGAUUGCUCGUUGGUGAAAGGACAUUGUGCAACAAUUGCAGUAGUUUUUCUUUCUACUCGAAUUCUGCUGACUACACUGUCACCCAUUUGAUUCUUGCAACCAAGCAGGAUUUACUGUUUAUUAUUGAUAUUAGUGAUAUCCUGAAAGGAGAACUGGAGGUUAAGUAUGGGAACUUCCUGGCAGUUUUCAAGCACAAAAAAGGAGAAGAUGAAAGAAACUAUAUUCAAAUAUGGGAAAGAGGUGCCAAAAUUGUAGGUGUUCUUCAUGGGGACGAAUCUGCUAUCAUACUUCAAACAGUUCGAGGGAAUCUUGAGUGCAUCUACCCCAGAAAAUUGGUCCUCGCUUCAAUAAUCAAUGCUUUGAUCCAGGGGCGUUACAAAGAUGCAUUGCUCAUGGUAAGAAGGCACAGAAUUGAUUUCAAUGUUAUAAUUGACCACUGUGGUUGGCAAAACUUUGUUCAGUCAGCUGCUGAGUUUGUCAAGCAGGUGAAUAAUCUAAGUUAUAUAACUGAAUUUGUCUGUUCAAUAAAGAACGAAAAAAUCAUGGAGACACUAUACAAAAACUAUAGAUCCCUACCUCAUGACAAUGAAGCUAAAGCUGUAGAACAUGGAGACCUCGAGAGUUCUCAUGGUAAUAGCAAGAUCCAUUCUGUCCUACUGGCCAUAAGGAAGGCUCUGGAGGAGCAUGUAGCAGAAAGUCCCGCUAGAGAACUCUGCAUUCUGACCACUUUAGCUCGAAGUGACCCUCCAGCUCUUGAAAAAGCUUUAGAGAGAAUAAAAAUUAUCCGAGAAAAGGAAUUAUCGGGUUCAGAUGACCUGAGAAGGGAACUCUACCCUUCUGCCGAGGAAGCUUUAAAACAUCUUUUGUGGUUGUCCGACUCAGAGGCAGUUUUUGAAGCUGCAUUAGGACUUUAUGAUUUGAACCUUGCAGCUAUCGUUGCCUUGAAUUCGCAGAAGGAUCCUAAAGAAUUUCUUCCCUAUCUACAAGAACUAGAAAACAUGCCAAUAGUGUUGAUGCAAUACAAUAUAGACCUUAGAUUGCAGAGGUUCGAGACUGCACUUCAACACAUUGUUUCUGCAGGAGAUGCUUACUUUGAGGAUUGUAUGAUCCUCAUGAAGAAAAAUCCCCAUCUUUUCCCCUUGGGACUCCAAUUAGUUACCGACUCUGUCAAGAAAAACCAAGUACUUGAAGCCUGGGGAGAUCAUCUUAGUUCCAGAAAAUGCUUUGAGGAUGCUGCUACUACUUAUUUGUGUUGUUCUUGUUUGAAUAAAGCUUUGAAGGCUUAUCGUGAAUGUGGUAAUUGGGGUGGGGUUCUGACGGUAGCUGGUCUCAUUAAACUUGGGAAGGAGGAAGUGUUGCAACUAGCACAUGAGCUUUGUGAGGAACUCCAAGCACUAGGUAAAACAGGGGAUGCUGCAAAAAUAGCUUUGGAUUAUUGCGCUGAUGUUAAUGCUGGUACUGGUUUCUUGGUCAGUGCAAGGGAAUGGGAAGAAGCUCUGAGGACUGCAUUUCUUCACAGGAGAGAUGACUUGGUCCAGGAAGUAAGGACUGCAUCACUUGAGUGUGCCAGCUCAUUGGUUGGUGAAUAUGAGGAAGGGUUGGAGAAAGUGGGGAAGUACUUAACUCGCUAUUUAGCGGUUCGACAACGGAGAUUAUUACUUGCUGCCAAGCUACAGUUAGAUGAGCGAUCAAUAAAUGAACUUGAUGAUGAUACUGCUUCUGAAACUAGUAGCAAUUUCAGUGGAAUGAGUGCAUACACCUUGGGGACAAGAAAGGGAUCAGCUGCAUCUAUCAAGUCCAGUGCUAGUACAAAAGCGAGAGACAUGAGACGUCAACGGAAUAGAGGGAAAAUACGUGCUGGCAGUCCUGGUGAGGAGAUUGCUUUGGUAGAGCAUUUAAAGGGGAUGUCACUGACUACUGGAGCUAAGCGCGAGCUUAAAUCUCUCUUGAUAUGCCUUGUGAUGCUGGGAAAGGAAGAUAUUGCUAGGAAGUUGCAACAUGUUGCUACAAAUUUUCAACUGUCCCAAAUGGCAGCUGUAAAUUUAGCUGAUGAGGCCUUGUCAAAUGAUAGAAUCAAUGAGCAUUUCUAUGUUCUGGAGAAUUACAUCCCCAAAAUAAAGGAAGAAAUGCAGCAUUCAGAGCUUUUCUCCUGGCAGUCAAAAGUAUUAAUUUGAAAUGCAAAGCAGGCAUGCCGUGUAUAAUCUGAAAUGUCAUCCUACAGCUGAUGUGGUCGGGAGCACUACUGAGCAUGGGAGAUGGCAGAAAGUCCGAAUUUCUUCUAGUUCUGAUUAAUCACCGAGGAGUUCCAAAUUCUGGUCUCGUCUCCUAGUGAAAUUACUUUCUUAGUGACAUUGUAGGUUUUAAGCUUUUUCAGUUAUGUAUCUUGUGCCUUGCAUUUUUCAGCAGAGUGAUGGCGCUUUUUAACUAAUUUAAAUGUUUAUCGGUUUUCGACAUGUGGAAUGCAAGUAAUUUGUUGUCUGCUUUGGGAAUAUGGCCAAAUAUUUGUGAAAAAUAUAAGCCAUUUCAAUGCAAAGGAUUCGUCUUAUGCAGUA